CCUGCAGGUCGCGUUAUGCACAGGCACGAGAGCCCAUUCAUUUGAAUGGACUCCCGUGCCCCGGGACAUGCAGGGAAGAAGUCCCUGCACUUCUUUGGAAACCAAAGCCCGCACGGGAACCUCGGUUCCAAGUGCGGUUGCGAUUUCCAGUGCAGGAGGCGUGCCAUUAGAACUAAUGGCACCUGCCCACGGGUCCGCAUUUCUCUGUGCGGGAGGUGCAGCUGUACGGAUUUUUGUGCGGAUCCGCAGCAGCACCACCCUCACAUAUGAGAACCUAGCCUUAGGGAAGGAGUGCUGUCCUUCUUCUGAGCCC